AUGGUUGCAAGACGUGGAAAGCGCCGGCCAAGGGAAUCACGCGCACAGAACCCGGUCGGGUGUGUGAAGGAGGAGCAGGAUGUCCUUGAUGAGAAACCCCCAAAGAGGAUCCUUCUUACCAAAGUAUCACAAAGAAAGAGGAUGAAAGGCUGCAGUGAUCCUGGAGGCCCAGCCAAUGAUGGUCCAUCAAAGAAGAAAGUGGCCAAGCGGACAGUUAAAUCAAGUCACCUCACGGUUAUAAAGGAUGAAGUCCUUAGUGAUGGGGAAGAUUUCAGAAACUCUACAAGUGCUCUCAAGGAGGCACAAAAUCCAAAGAGAGAGGCUACCAUUGACCAAGAUAGCAGUGAAGAAGAUGAAAGUGAAGAUGAUUGGGAAGAGGUAGAAGAACUCCGUGAACCUGUGUCAGGUGAUGUGGGAGAAGAUGCAGUUAUCUCUAAAUCUGUUCUGCUUGUGAAUCCUGUGGAAAUAGAGAUUGAAACACCGGAGCAGGCUAAAACCAGAGAAAGAAGUGAGAAGAUAAAGAUGGAGUUUGAGACAUAUCUUCGGAGGAUGAUGAAACGCUUCAAUAAACAGAUUCAUGAGGACACACACAAGGUUCAUCUUCUGUGUUUGCUAGCAAAUGGCUUCUUUCGCAAUGGCAUCUGCAACCAGCCAGAUCUGCGUGCUAUUAGCCUCUCUAUCAUCCCAACCCGCUUUACCAAAGUGCCAGUGAGAGAUAUGGAUGUCUGCUACCUCUCCAACUUGGUGAAAUGGUUCAUUGGAACAUUUACAGUUAAUGCAGACCUGUCAGCCAGUGAGGAAGAUAGUCUACAGACGACAUUGGAAAGGAGAUUUGCUAUUUACUCUGCGCGGGAUGAUGAAGAAUUGGUGCAUAUGUUUUUACUGGUUCUUCGGGCCCUGCAUCUCCUCACCCGACUGGUGUUAUCUCUCCAGCCAAUUCCUCUGAAGUUGUCAGCAGCAAAGGGAAAGAAACCUCAUAAAGAGAGAUCCAAAGAGGAUCCUGGAGGCGUCUCAGAAACUCCCAGCCAAGUUCCAGAAAACCAAUCCAAACCAAAGGCCCACAAAAGAACUAAAAAAAAAGAAACCUUUUCUAAAGAUCCUGGCAAUCCAAGUGCCAAAGGGAAGAGGGGAAAGACAGCUACAGGCAGGAAGAAACAGAGAGAACCCCGUUCCAUUGAGGCAGAGGACAAGGGAGAAGAGCCGGAGAUUCCGAGACAAUACUGUGUCCGGAAACGGCCCAGGGCCUCCCGUGUGUCUUACAAAGAGGAGAGUGGGAGCGAUGACACCAGCAGUGACUCUGACUUUGAACUUUCUGGUAGAGCUACUCAUUCUCUAUCUAGUGAAGAUUCAGACCCUUGCAUUCUGAGGCAGAAGCGGCCUGCAUUUUCUCAGAGAACAAAGGCAGAGUCCAAGAGCCACUCUUGCACCUGGAGUGAAAGCUGCUCUGAUUCCCAAGACUUACCAGCAACAUUCUCAAGUGUUUGGCCUAACAAGAAAGGCAGGAAAAUUCCCACUGAUGGUGAGGAGGUAGAACGAGGGAAAGCAGCUUGCGUUGACCAGUGGCUGGAGGUGUUCUGUGAACAGGAGGAAAAGUGGGUGUGUGUAGACUGUGUGCAUGGCAUAGUUGGCCAGCCUCUGACUUGUUACAGAUAUGCUACGAAGCCCGUGACCUACGUCGUUGGCAUUGAUGGUGAUGGCUGGGUGCGGGAUGUCACUCAGAGGUAUGAUCCAGUCUGGAUGACAGCGACCCGCAAGUGCCGGGUUGAUGCCAGCUGGUGGGCUGAAACCUUAAUGCCAUACCAGAGUCCAUUUGUGGAUCGAGAAAAUAAAGAAGAAUUGGAGUUUCAGGCAAAACACCUGGACCAGCCUUUGCCCACUGCCAUUGGCACAUAUAAGAACCAUCCUCUUUAUGCUUUGAAGAGGCAUCUCCUGAAAUAUGAGGCCAUCUACCCUGAGACAGCAUCGAUCCUUGGGUACUGUCGAGGAGAAGCUGUCUACUCCAGGGACUGUGUGCACACUCUGCACUCCAGGGACACGUGGCUGAAACAAGCAAGAACAGUGAGGCUGGGAGAAGUGCCCUAUAAGAUGGUGAAAGGCUAUUCCAACCGUGCCCGGAAAGCCCGUCUAGCUGAGCCCCAGCUGCAGGACCAAAAUGACCUGGGCCUGUUUGGCCGCUGGCAGACAGAGGAGUACCAGCCCCCUGUGGCUGUGGAUGGAAAGGUACCGCGCAAUGAAUUUGGGAAUGUGUAUCUCUUCCUGCCCAGCAUGAUGCCUGUUGGCUGUGUCCAGCUGAAUCUGCCCAACCUGCAUCGUGUGGCCCGGAAGCUGGACAUUGACUGUGUGCAGGCCAUCACUGGCUUCGACUUCCAUGGAGGCUAUUCCCACCCUGUAACUGAUGGUUAUAUUAUCUGUGAGGAACACAAAGACGUGCUCCUGGACGCUUGGGAAAAAGAGCAGGAACUCAUUGAAAAGAAGGAAAAAGAGAAGAAGGAGAAAAGGGCUAUAGGGAACUGGAAGCUGCUGGCCAAAGGACUGCUCAUCAGAGAGAGGCUGAAGCUCCGCUAUGGGGCCAAGAAUGAGGCAUUAGGACCCUGUGCUGAUGCAGAAGGUGCACUCUCUUUGGAUGAAGAGGAGGGGACCAGCUCACAAGCAGCAGCAGCCAGGAUCUUGGCUGCUUCUUGGCCUCAAAACCUCGAACUUGAAGAUCUGAAGCAGAAGUGCCGUAAGACCACAAGGGGAAAGAAACAGGUGGCUGCCCAUCUGUUUCCAUUUGAGAAGCUAUGA